AUGGAUAACGUGGAGAGUGAUUUUCAAGCGGUUAAAGAAAAAGAAAAAAAACGUGAUCCCGGAAUCGAGGUGGACGACGUGACCGAACGCCACCCAGUGCCGUUUCCUGAGCCGUCGCCUCAGAGCCAUCCAGUGCCGUUUUCCCGGAGCCAUCGCCAGAGCUGCUGGCCACCGCGUCGCCGCCGCAACCCAGGACCGCCGGCCAGAGUGACCGGCGCAGCCAAGUCCGCCGGCCCACGCAAACGUCGGAGCCGUCGCCGCCGCCGCAGCCCUAAGACGACCCCCAGAUCCGGCGAGCCGCCGCCGCGGCACAGGUCCGCCACCCAGAGCAGCCGGCCGAGCCAUUGCAGGAGAUUGCCGUCAGCUGCUACCAUCCG